GCGGAGGAAGGAGGCACCUCAGGAGCCUCCCUUCCACUGGCUAUUUCAGGGCUGCAGGAGCCGGCCAGACCUGGGAGAGGACCGAAUCCCACUGGGGGUUCUCGCCUUCCACCCAAUCCAGCUGCAGAGGCCUUCAGGGAAGGCUGAGUCAAGAGGGGGAAACAUCCCAGGGAGAGGGGCGCCAUGGCCUUUGGGGUGCGCUGCUCAGGUAGUUGGGCCAAGUGGGUUCUCAUCAGCAGUGCGGGCAUGGCCCUGGUGUGCAUCAUUGGCAUGAUCCUGGGUCUCACGCUGCGUCAGCCAGCACAGCCAGGCUGUGAGCCAGACUUGGGCUACUGCCCGGAUGGGGACAUGCUGGACUACCUUCAGAGCCUGGGCCAGGUCAGCCACCCGGACGGCCUGCUGGUCACGUGGUCUCACGCUGCCAACAAUCAGACGGAGAUGAGGGCGGCCCUAGACAGUGACAGCAUGGUCCUGGAGGCAGAUGUCACAGUGGAAGGGCUCAACACGGCCAACGAGACAGGGGUCCCCAUCAUGGCGCAUCCCCCGGCCAUCUACAGCGACAACACACUGCAGCAGUGGCUGGACACUGUGCUUACCUCUUCCCAGAAAGGCAUCAAACUCGACUUCAAGAGUAUCAAGGCCGUGGGCCCCGCCCUGGACCGCCUCCGAAGGUACACACAGGAUGGGAGGAUCCGCAGGCCUGUGUGGAUCAACGCCGACAUCCUGAGGGGCCCAAAUGUGCCCCUCUCAAUAGAGGUCAAUGCCACAAGGUUCCUGGCCCUGGUCCAGGAGAAGUAUCCUGAGAACACUCUGUCUGUUGGUUGGACCACGCUCUACCUGCCCCAGCUCCCGGAUAGGACGUACACACGGGCCAUGGUGGAGAGGAUGCAGGAGCUGGUGGGAGCACUGCCACAGAAGGUCACCUUCCCCGUGCGAGCUGUCAUGAUGGGGAAGGACGCCUGGCCCCACUUCAGCUGGCUGCUGGGCCAGUCUGAGAGGUACAGUCUGACGCUGUGGCAAGGCACCUCGGACCCUGUGUCUGUGGACGACCUGCUCUACAUCCGGGACAACAGUGCCAUGCACCAGAUCUACUAUGACCUCUUCGAGCCUGUCCUGUCACAGUUCAAGCAGCUGGCUGCAAAUACCACCCGGAAGCAGACCUACUACACAGGGGGCAGCCUGAUCCCUCUGCUCCAGCCUCCCCGGGGGGACGGUCUGGACGUGGAGUGGCUGGUUCCUGGUAUCCAGGGCAACGGGCCAACAGCCACAGUCCUGCUCCCAGACAAAGAUGGGAUGGUCCUGCUGAACACGAGUCUCCAGGAACUUGCUGCUGGGGACCCUGUGCCCAUCGUCCGAGUCCCAGGGGGCGCUUCCCUGACCCUGGAGUCCUGCCUGCUGCAGCUGGCCCCUCGGCCAGGACACUGGGGCGUCCACGUGCACAUAGCCCAGCCGGAGGCCCUCCAGCCCUCCCUGGCCCUGCUGGCCCGCCUCUCCGCCCUGGGCCGCCUGCCUCGGCCCGUGUGGCUGGGGGCCGCUCUUUCCCACGGGUGCUUUGAGGCCCCCGGCUAUGUGUCUGGCAGGGAGUUUCUUGCUGCGGUGGCCGAGGUCUUCCCCCACGUGACUGUGGCCCCCAGCUGGCCUGAGAAGAUGCUGGGCAGCGGUUACACAGAACAGCUGAUCACGGACAUGCUGGCGCUGUGCCGGGGGCUCUGGCAGCCUGUGUCCUUCCAGCUGCAGGCUGAGCUGCUGGGCCAGAGUGGGGCGGGAGCUGUGACGAGGCUGCUGGCAGCCUCCCCCCGGGCCACAGUCACCGUGACACACAGCCCCGGCAGGGACAACUAUGCGGCCAUCCAGGCAGGGCUGCUGGCAGCCAGGGCCGGGGACAGAACCCGGGUCUACUUCCAGCUGGCCCAGCGUUUCCGCAGGCGGCUGCUGGAGGACAUCGGCCGAAACUGACCGCCAGGACCGCUGGGCUCGCAGUGGCGGGAAGGAAUACAUGUCUGCAUCCGCCCA